AGCUCCCAACCCUGGAAAGUUUACAGUGAUCAAAGCGAUCAAAACAUAAUCAAAAUAACAAAAAUACAUUAUUGUGAAGUGUUGUUAUUACAUUAUUAUUAAAUUAAAUGCAUUUAACGUAUUUUCUCUCCUAGCACUAUAUUGAAGUCAAAAUAAAGGAAAGUAUUAAAUAGUCUUUAACAUAUUUGUUCGAUUGAAGCGUUGAUAUAAUUAAGAAAUCAUGGACCGAAGAGAAAGACUCGAAAAAGUGAUAUUGCAAGCUGAUGUUUAUAUGGCUUGCAUACAACACGCUUUGUCUACAGAACAUUUUGAAGUGAUGGGAAUGUUACUCGGAGUUAGUCAAGACAGUAUCGCAACAAUAAUGUCAUUGGUGAUAAUGCGACGCUCGGAUAAAAAGAAAGACAGGGUUGAAAUUUCAUCGUUACAGCAAUGUGCAGCGGCAACAGAGGCUGAAAAAUUGGCGGAGAAACUUAAUUUACCAGUGAGAGUUCUGGGAUGGUAUCAUUCUCAUCCUCACAUUACUGUUUGUCCUUCACAUGUUGACGUUGGAACACAAGCAAUGCACCAACAAAUGGACUCCAAAUUUUUUGGACUUAUAUUCUCCGUUUUUUCCGAAGAGAAGGAUAGCAAGACUCAAGAAGUUCAAUUGACCUGCUUUCAAUCCUUUAAUCAGGAAGCAAUUGAAAUUCCCCUGGAAAUUUCUUAUACACUAAAUAUUUCAGCAGACUGCCUUCAGACUAUGGCUUCGCUACCGAAAAUUCUUGUCCAAGAAGAAGAGGAAUUGGCAGAAGCGCGAAAAGACCAUCACGAUAUACUGGCUUCAGUUUAUAACAAUGCUGUGCUGACUAAAUCAUUGGCUCAUAUAACGGACAUGGUAACCAGGCCUCUAAUGCAAACUCUCACAGACAGAAUAUUGUUAAAUAAACUACGCAGUCUACAUUUAAGAAAAACGAAACGUGAAUUAGAAGAAAAAUUCUCUUCUCAAUUUUAAGUAUUGUUAAAAACUAGGCGUUUCUUCUUGAUAAAAAGAAAAAUUUUCCCGUAACAAUUUUUGAAUCUACAGAUAUUUAACACAUUUUUCGAAUUUACAUAAUUUGGAACUAUAAAAGUUGUUGAUAUACUAGGAUUAAUGGUUGAUUAUAUUAUUUAAUAAUAUAAAUUAAGUGUUGCAUUUCUAAAUGUAAAAAAGGAAAAUUAAAGUUUAUCGUUUCUUUUGUAAAAAAA